AUGGAAUAUUUACUGUGUGGUAUACCCAUGGACUGUGAUUACUUAAUCAAGUACAUAAAGUUAUCUGAGGAUGCGUGUGUGCAUGAGAGAGUAUCAGAAGUAAUUUAUUAUUUAAGCAGGUAUACAGUAAUAAUAAGCAAUACAGAACAUAAUGAUAAUAGCCGUAUAAGUAAUAGUAUAUUUAGUAUAAUAUAUCCAGCAGAUAAGAAUAAGUCCAGGAAGUGUUUAUACAGGAGACGGUUUAGUAGUAAUUAUAUAUGUGAUAAUAUAGAGUAUAUUAUGAGUGAGUUAGGGUGUACCAAUAAGGUGGUUAGGAUAUAUGACAGAGUGUGUUAUAAGUAUAAUAAUGCGAGUAUAAUAAUAAUAAAAAAUAAAAAUAAAAAAAUAAUAAUUGCGAAGAGUGACCGACCAGAUGGGGAAGUCAUUUUAGAAGAGAUAAAGGACAAAUUAAAGCUAUGGGUAAAUUUAAUAACACCCCCAGAGGACAUACAUAAAUAUAUACCAUAAUAUAUUAUACUAUGUGUAAUAAAUAAAAUAAGAUAAUAAAAAAUAAAAAUAAAAAGAUAAAAUAAGA